GUGCCUUGUUCCUGUUCCUUGGCGUUUUAAAAUCAAUAAUGGUGUCAUGGCCAACCAUUCUGCAAGGAAAGGUUGUCGUCAUGAGCCAUUUCAGUGCUGGUGAGGAGGUAUAAAUGGUGAUGAUAGUGCCAGGCAGUGCCAUAACGGAGUUAGACGCCUGUGCGACUUACAUAUCGCCUAGUUUUUGCCAAACAGUAGGACGGCAAUGACGAUUAUAAUGAUGAUGCUGUUCAGCGACGAUGCACACACUGGCAUCUAGUACUGGUGUGCCAAUGCCAGGCACUCUAAGAUUGGGUUUACCCGUAAGAAUGGAAAACCCGACCAAGCCUCCAUACAACGUCCGGAUGUUUGUAUUAUUAUAAUCAUAUUUGUAUUUUGGCGAAGGCGAUGCUUCUACUAAGAAUGGGGAAGGCGAAGGUGAUUUAACUUCCGUUCCCAGAAUCCCAGUAAUGUUCCCAGGCUGUUCCGGGAAAGUGUGGCGUCGACUGGGGGCCGUGUUCCUGGUAGUGGUAGUGGUGGCUGCGGCUGAAGGAGGUGCCAGCGGUCGCCAGCACCUCGACCCGCCCCCUCUCUUGCGUCGCCCUACCUCGUCUUUCCCGUCCCAUUCUUAGCUACUUCAUUAUUUAUAAAUACACUUAUUAUUCUGGCCAGUCCCUAUUGUUUGUAAAUGUACACAUAUAUAUAUGUACUCAAUGAGAACGGUGCAUAGUAAUCCUUGCGUUCUUCACCGCGCGGUAUGAAGUGAGGGGCUCCGUGUCGUGUUUUGCUGAGUACAUUAACUCUAAAGAGGUGAUGCUGUGUUGUGAUAAGUGCUUAAGGCUAAGUAAUGCCGCUCACUUAGCAGGAGAUAGUGCUUAUCUUCCCUGGUGCUCAACCCGUCGUGAAGGUUGCCUAGACCAGCCUCCUCUCAUCUGGUGCAGUGAGGGAUGUGUGGCUCGUGCCUCUUUUCUCCUCGACACGCUGCUCUUCACACCUACAGGUCUGCCUUCCCUCAUUCAUCGUAUUUAAUGCAGUACUGUAAGACACAGGUAGCGACAAGACGAAUAACGCUUAAUAACACAAGUUCUGACGUCACUGGCACAUGACCAGAAGGGCUGACGUAGAUUUCUAUUUUGGGAAGUUGUGACGUCACAAGAAGUGGGCGGUCCCUCUGCGUGUUCCAUAUUGUUUCGUUCAUGAGAAAGGCAGAAUGCUGUGCCUUCUCUGAAAACCUUGCUCUCGUCUGUAAAUAUUGCACAGGAAAUUAUAAGAGAGAUAUUGCUAACUGAUGUGGGAAGAAGUAUACAUGGAUGACAAAAGGUUACACUAAGUAAAAUGUCGGAGUGAACGAAAAAUUAGAGGGUGAACGAAGUGUUUGGGUGAAGGCAGCACAAAUGGCUGGGAUAUAGGAGCGAGUUCCCCAGCCGCGGCCAGGCAGUGUAUGAGUCAUCGCAGGAGGGGGAGGAGCUCAUUCUAACGUUUGAAGUGACGCCACCGCCCCAUGUUAGUCAGCGAGUCAGACCAGGUGACUCGAAGGAAAUUCUUACAGCGUGAGACUGAGCUCCCACAGCCGACCAUGUUCACUCGCUCACAAGCUGCCGCCAACAACAGUGCCACGGCGAAGAGUGUUACCUCAUCGUCACAGUCCUUCACCACAGCUUCCGUUGCUUCUGGAGGAGGAGAAACCCUCACCACUGACAGCAACAGCAGCAGUAACGACACAGUGCCAAGUGUGAGCCUUACCAUCACAGCUGUGGCGGCCAACAUCCCAGAGAGGGACGGGUGCAUCACCACCAUCACCGCCCCAGCUCUCGACACCCCGACCAUUACCAACUUGGUGCUUAACUCCCUGGAGGGCGUGCACAGCGGCGUCCCCACCCGCACCACGCCCACGCUCACACCCACCACCCUCAGGAACAUCGAGCAGACCUUCUUGGAGCUCUCCAGCGUCCAGCCCCCGGAGCCCCACACUAACCAGGCUGGAUUUGUGCCUCCCCUAGUGCAGCCCACCACAGGCAACACGUACGUCUCUGUGGACAGCAGGUGUUGGGGGGGCGGCACCCUCACCCAGAUCCCCCACACCACCUCAGCCUCCACCUCGUCUGCCAGUGGGGUACACCUCAGGGCCCCCACAGCCCACACCGCCACCUCCACCACCACCACCCUCACCAUGCCCUCUCAGAUCCAGGUCCAACCACCGCGAAGGACUGGCGGACGCAGGCCUAUCAAGGAUGAAAAGGUCUCUUCUUCCUUCCCACAGAUCUCUGCUGAGGAAGAGGAGAGGCGGCACCUUCGCAGGGAGAGGAACAAGCUGGCAGCAGCGCGGUGUCGCAAGCGUCGCCUAGACCAGACCAACAUGCUGCAGGAGGAGACUGACGAGCUCGAGGAGAAGAAAACGGAGCUGCAGACAGAGAUCCAGCUUCUGCAGCAGCAGCGGGAUGAGCUGGAGUUCCUGCUGGCAACACACAAGGCUGUGUGCCGCCGCCAUGUGCCGGCUGCCCCAGCUCCCACUCCCUUCGUG